UGAACGCAUCGUACAAAGCGUGUGGUGGCGCUGACAAGCUGGCCUGCGUCUACGACUACCUUGUGACCGGAAACAAACAGGUGGCCGAGGCCAGUAAACAAGUCCAGUCAACAGCUUCGGAAACCAACACGGCCAACAAAAACACGGUUCCUGAGCUGAACAGCACGGGUACCGUUAACGCCACGUCCACCGUCCUCGUCACCUUCCAGCUGAUUGGGGAAGACAAAGACAGUGACGCCAUCACGUACCACUUAGCAGAAGGCUCCAGAGGCAACGUGAGCAUCAACAGUACGUCGGGGACGGUGACGUACACCCCAAACAUCGACCAUCCGGCCAGUCUCAGUUUUUACGUUGUGGACAGCAAGAACGCUGCAUCACCUGUCGUGGUGGUCCCGGUGGCCUACUGUACCGGGUGUUCAGAUAACGGUGUCUGUGACUACAACAAUCUCAGAAACGGCAGCAUCCAGACUUUCCAGAUCGCCAGCUGUGUGUGUCACGUGGCCUGGACUGGGGGAGGAGUGUGAUCAGAACCGUGAUGCUUGUCUUGAGAACCCGUGUGUUUUCGGUCAGAACUGCACGGAUCUCACGCCAGAACAACAAGGUGACAGCCGAUAGGCUACAACUGCAGCCACUGCCCCCGGGGAUAUGAGGUGAACACUACAACAAACAAGUGCCAAGAUAUUGACGAGUGCUUCAUGACCAACAUGUGUGGUCAGAUCUGUAACAAUAUAGAAGGCAGCUACCUGUGUUCCUGCCACCCGGGGUACAGGCUUGGUGUGGACAGAGUGUCUUGCCUGGACAUCAACGAAUGCGCGGAGAAGACAGACGGGUGCACGCAAAUCUGCACCAACUACCCCGGAGGUUUCAACUGCAGCUGUUAUCCAGGAUACGGCUACCAGGAGCUGAACAAAACUUGUGUUCAAGACACUCACACAGCUGCAACAUGCUCCAGCUUUAACUGCACCCAAGGAUGUCAAAUGGUGAACGAAAAUCCGGAGUGUUUUUGCUCGCAGGGCUACGUCCUGUCUGGCGACAACAAAACGUGCGAUGACAUGGAUGAGUGUACACAGGGUGUGUGUUCUCAGGAGUGCAAUAAUACUGUUGGCAGUUUCACCUGCACGUGUUAUGUUGGCUACCAACUGGACUCGGACAAAACCACCUGUAAUGAGUGUCCUGACAUGUACUAUGGACUGGGCUGCAGCCACGUGUGCGACUGUAACGGCCGACAAACGGGAUGUGACAAUGUCAAAGGCUGCAUUUGCGACAUCGGGUGGACGGGGUCCUUCUGCGAAGAGGACAGGAACGAGUGUGUGGAAAAUGCCAACAUCUGCAACAAUUCUAGAGAGGUCUGCGUCAACACUAACGGCUCUUACAGGUGUGACUGCCAGUCCGGCUACACCAGAGGGUCAGACCAGUUGUGUAUAGACAUUAACGAGUGUGAUCCAUUGUUGGGAUUAAGUACCUGUAACACCUUAGAAGACUGUUCAACACAAACGGCUCUUACUACUGUACUUGCAAGAGUGGAUACCAGAAGGAAAAUGAGAAUUCGAACUGCACAGAUAUCGACGAGUGCGGUAGCUCGGAUUUGUGUGAUCAGGAAUGUGUGAACACACCUGGUGGCUACAACUGUAGAUGUCACUACGGCUACAGACUGGCCGUGGACCGUGUGAACUGUGUACAAGUGGAAAACCUGUGUAAGGAUGAGGAGGGCCUCAUCUGUGAGCACGGCUGCACGAUGACGGACACUAACCGGGCCAUGUGCUUCUGUCGGAGCGGCUACCGACUCGCACCUGACGGUCAGAGGUGUCCAG